AUGUCCAAGCCAAACAUUCUCUUCGUCCUCACCUCGCACAACAAGCUCGGCGACACCGGCAAGCCCACCGGCUGGUACCUCCCCGAGCUCGCCCACCCCUACCAUGUCCUCCACAGCAAAGCCAACAUCACGGUAGCAUCGCCCAAGGGCGGUGAAUCACCUCUCGACCCCGCAUCCGUCGAAGCCGCGAAAGAUGAUGUAUCCGUCAACUUCCUCAAGAACAACGAGCAGGUCUGGAAGACAACCCAGAAGCUGAGCGACUUCAAGGGCAAAGCGAAGGACUUCGACGCCAUCUUCUACGUUGGCGGUCACGGACCCAUGUUCGAUCUCGUCGACGACGCGACCUCGCAACAACUCAUCAGGGAAUUCUGGGAGGCAGACAAGAUCGUUUCGGCUGUUUGCCAUGCGCCUGCUGUCUUCUACGAUGCUAAGCUGAGCGACGGCAGUCUACUUGUCGCUGGCAAGGAGGUUACCGCAUUCACAAACGCUGAGGAGGAACAAGUUGGCCUCUCCAAGGUCGUACCCUUCCUGCCCGAGGAUGCGCUGAACAAGGCGAGUGGAGGCAAGUUCGUCAAGGCAGCUGAGCCUUGGGGCGAGAAGGUUGCCAUCUCUGGUCGCUUGAUCACUGGGCAGAACCCUACCAGUGCCACAGCAGUCGGAGAGGCUAUCGCAAAGGCAUUGGGCAUCUAA